AUGAUGGAUCUGAUCAUCUACCAUUGGUACGACCUUGGUAUCAUAUCUGGUAUCAUCAUGAUCAGAUACUAUCGUGCCAAUUAUCGAACUCUUCAGACAUCUCAAAAACUUCUGAUAGCCAAUUUCCUCGCCCUAAUUUUCCAUCAAUUCGAAGAGUACCGAUUCCCAGGAGGAUUUCCCGCUAUUAUGAACAUCGCUGUGCAGUCAAGCGAUGCUCCUGAUCGAUACCCUCUUAAUGCCUAUUCUGGGAUGAUCACUAAUGUCAUCGCGACCUAUGGUCUAUAUCUCCCUGUGAUCUUCUUCCCGGACGUCGUCUGGCUCGGCCUUACAUCUGUCCUAUUUGGAUUUGCACAAGUGUGGAUCCACGGCAUAAUGAUCAACAUAAAACUUGGCAGUAUCUACAACCCUGGACUUACAGCUGUGGUUCUAGGGUUUGUUCCAAUUGGACUCAAGUAUAUCCGACAUAUGCAAGAAAUUGGCAUGCUGACAACCCGAGAUUGGAUCUUUGCAACCCUUGGGGCGGUAGCAUUUGGUUAUGGCCUUCUCAUAAAGAGUACUUUUGGCUGGUUACCUGAUUACGAAACAUUGUAUCCUUUCACGCAAGCUGAGAUGCAACGAUGGGGCGCCAGGCUUGCAGGAAUGGUUUAG